AUGGUUUAUGGUCGAGCCCCGCCCAACCCAACAUAUCGAUCAGCAACUACUUUCUCGAACGGACCUUCGAACCUCGGGUCACCGAGCUCCACCCCUCGAAUAGCAACAGCAACACUUGCCCGGCUCGAGGUCCCCAACCUCCAAUACCACGACAUCCGGAUACAUCCUCUUGAAGAUACCGAUUGA